CGUGUUCUGUGUUUUUGCACGUGAAUGACCGUUUCCGGUAUGAGGUGCGUCCGAAAAACAUAACGGGAGGUUGUGCGUUUCAGAGUGUAGAUGUGAAGUGUAUCGCUAUCCCAAGUUAACGGUUCACUUCUAGGGUUGUCACUUUUGUGAAUAACCGGGACAUUCAGACUUUUUUCUUGAGUGGGCGAUGAAACCAUUUUUGCAAAUAUUUUAUGUUAAUAUUUGUAAGGACUACCUCUUACCUAUAUUUGUCCUGACGCAGACGCAGUUGCACUCACUCUGGACUGCUUUGUCUGCUGUUAUCCGUUUCUACGUUAAAUGCGGGUUUUUUGUUUUAACGAGUAAAUAUAGGCCAACAUGGUAUAGCCUAAUUAUAAUCUAUUAUAAAACCUAACCCUAAUAAGAAAUGCAACCUUUUAACUUGAUGAAUUUGGACAGCCUAACACUAACAUUUCUCAGUCCUUUUGUAUAUAUUUAAUCCAUUUUGCUGUCUGCAGAAGUCACUGCUGUCCUUCAAUGAUUGCUUUAAACUCCAAGCAUUAUCAUUAAAAGUUGCUAAGUAAUUAGAUAAGCUUCGUAUUUCCGCUACCAAUCAGAUAAAAAAUAUAGACGCGGUCUAUAUAAUAAUUAAUUAAACCAUUUACGGACGCAGAAUAAACAUGACCAGGAAGACAAAAGAAUAGCGGUAGAAGGAAACCAUGUUAAGCUUUAUUUGAAAUUGUAAAUCAGAUGUACAUUUUCUCAAAAACCUGGGACAAUUCGUGUCCCGGGAAAAAUUUUCUGGGACAAAUGCUCAAAAAAAUGGCAAUACCGGGAAUCCGGGAGAGGUGAACACGACAUUAAUAUCGGAAAGACUACGCAUCUGGUGUGACUCUCACGCUUACGCAAAACAUCUUAUGGCAAAUCUGUAUUAUUGCAUUAUAAACCCAAAAUUACCUACACCAAAAGCUUUGGGUAGUUUGUAAACCGUACAGACUAUUUACAAGGUAAUAAAACACAUGUAAAUGCGUGUGCAGACUUGUCUCAAAUUUAAAAUGUCACGCCAGCCAGCUGACCAAAGUUGGCAACCCUGUUUAUAUCUAGAAGUAGACUUUCCGAUUUGUUCACAUUUUUGUAGUUUUGUUUAAUAUAUAUGUACCAUUCUGCGGUUUGUUUAAUAUGUAUACUAUUAAAUGCUAUCAAUCAACAUGUCAUAUGAAGCCCUCACUAGGAAAAUCGGUUUUGGAUUUACAGUAAAAACGUCGUGUUAUAAUAAUCAUUGUAGUGUACUCUGCUUGUAAUGGUCCUGGCCUGUAAGUGCUUCCGACCCGGUAAUAUUGUUUUCGUACAACAUUCACUCUGCGACUAAAGAAAUCCAAGGAAAACCUGAAAACUAUUCGUUUAACUUAACGUCUGACCUUGCUGUGACAAUAACGAGACUUUGCCCUCUCAUAACACACUCAAGCGAUAUAUGUACCUUGUUUUCUUGCAGCAGUUCGGGAGAGAGAAAAUACUUGCUUACCUGACUUACGGCUUCUCUAAAAUAUAUUUAUAUUUGGAAUAAUUUCUGUGAAAAUUUUAUUCAUUUGAGUGUUUCAGCUGUAGUGAAGAUCGGUUAGCCUUCAGGUUUCUGCAGUUCAGAGACGAAGAACUAUGUUAUCUGUAACUUUGUCGCUGGCCUUGGUGUCCAUGGCCGUAUCUCAGAAGGACCUGCUGAACAUGUGCAUGAAUGCCAAGCAUCACAAGACAGAUCCGGGGCCAGAAGGUGUCCUGUACAAGCAAUGCUCACCCUGGAAGGAUAAUGCCUGUUGCACAGCCAACACUAGUGAACAGGCUCACAGUGACAACUCCUACCUCUACAACUUUGAGUGGAACCACUGUGGGAUUAUGUCAGAAGCCUGCAAGAAGCAUUUCAUCCAGGACACCUGCUUCUAUGAGUGCUCCCCUCACCUCGGGCCUUGGAUCCAGAUGGUUGACCAGAGCUGGCGAAAGGAACGGAUACUGGACGUGCCUCUGUGCCGGGAGGAUUGCGAGACUUGGUGGGAGGACUGUAAGGGUGACUUCACCUGCAAGGAAAACUGGCAUGUCGGCUGGAACUGGACUACAGGUAGGAAUAGGUGUCCCUCUGGUUCCACCUGCCAGCUGUUCAGCACUGUGUUCCCCACGGCUCAGGACCUGUGUGAGAAGAUCUGGUCCAAUUCAUACAAGUACAGCACCUACACCAAAGGCAGCGGCAGAUGCAUGCAGAUGUGGUUCAGUGAGGGGACAAACCCUAACAAGCAGGUGGCGGAAUAUUACAUCAGAAAUGUUUCGCCAGUCAUGGUAGCUACCACUGCACUCUUGUUUGCAGCAUUAUUACUGACAAUGUUUUUCUAAAUAAAAUUCUUUAUACAUAGAUCACACAGAAAUCAUGCAGUGUCUCACUUUUUCCACAUCUUCUAUGUACAAACUUAAAUGAUGCAAGAUAUCCGUCUUUCCUGACGGACACCGUUACUUUAAAUUUCCCAAUGUACCGUACUGUGAACACCUUGUUCACAAGCUUCCUGGGGAGAGAUUAUAUCGUGAUUAAUUUCACAGUCGCUUCCGGAGCAUAGGAGAGACACAUAAUUAAUUUCCUGAGCCUCUUACUCUGCUUAGUCUCUUAGCUUCUUCGACAUGCAUCAUUCAUUUAUGCCACUAUCCACAUCACAUGUGCAAUAUGUGAGAUUGUUAGCACAAUUAUCUUGUUAUUGUAUUGUCUUGGUUUGUCUUUUCUUUUGAUUGUCUGUUUUUAGGUAAAUUUCCCUGCUGUGGAAUCAAAGUCUUAUCUAGCUCCUGAAAUGCCUUUGAGAUGUCUAAUUAAUCAUCUUUCCAUCGUAAACAUGCAAGUGUGACCAAUUGUACCAUUAAAACUGAAUUAGAACAUCUGGAAGUGUGUAGGACAAAGAAAUAAUAAAAAAAAGCUUUCCAUGUGUGAGAA